AUGAUGAAUCGCUCUCUCUUGCGCCUGGCUGCGCGCUCUGUCAAGGCUGGCCCUGGCGUAUCUGCCAUUGGUCGGCGUCAUGCUUCCUCGGCUGUCUUUAACUGGGAAGAUCCCCUCGCUGCCGCGGAGCUCUACACAGAAGAGGAGCUGGCUAUCCAGGACACAGCGCGCCAGUACUGCCAAGAACAAUUACAGCCACGAGUUCUCGAGGCCUACCGCAAUGAGGACUAUGAUCGCAAAAUCCUGUACGAAAUGGGAGAACUCGGACUCCUGGGCGCAUCGAUCGAAGGAUACGGCUGUGCCGGCGCCAGCACUGUUGCGUCCGGCCUGAUCACUAAGGAGGUGGAGCGCGUGGACUCGGGAUACCGAUCAGGCAUGUCGGUGCAGAGCUCAUUGGCGAUGACCGGCAUCUACGAAUUUGGUACCGAGGAACAGAAGCAGCGAUUCCUACCGGGCCUCGCCAAGGGUCAACUCGCCGGCUGCUUUGGGCUGACGGAGCCGAAUCACGGCUCCGACCCCGGCUCCAUGGAAACCGUGGCCCGCGAGCACCCGACUCAGAAGGGCAUGUAUCUCCUGAGCGGAAGCAAGACUUGGAUCACCAACUCGCCCAUUUGCGACCUCGCCCUGGUGUGGGCGAAGCUCGAGUCGACGGGCAAGAUUCGCGGGUUCGUUGUGGAGCGCUCGCGCUGCCCGCCUGGUACCUUUGAGACGCCCGCUAUUAAGAAUAAGAGUGCGCUUCGCGCCUCGAUUACUGGCAUGAUCCAGAUGGAUGAUUGUCCUGUGCCAGCGGAGAAUAUGUUCCCCGAUGUCGAGGGUCUGAAGGGUCCUUUUACUUGUCUGAACAGUGCCCGUCUAGGUAUUGCGUUCGGUAGCAUGGGUGCCCUGGAAGACUGUCUGGCGCGUGCUCGCGAGUAUAGUCUUGAGCGCAAGCAGUUCAAAGGGAACCCGCUCGCCAAGUACCAGCUGAUCCAGAAGAAGCUGGCGGACGCGGCGACUGAUGCGGCCUAUGGAACUCUGGCUGCUGUGCAGGUGGCUCGUCUCAAGGAUGCUGGCAAAGCUACCCCCGAGAUGAUCUCGAUGAUCAAGCGACAGAAUUGUGACCGAGCACUGGCCAACUCACGAAUCCUCCAAGAAAUCUUUGGCGGCAAUGCUGCCAGCGACGAGUACCACAUUGGGCGCCAUGUGGCCAAUCUGUUCGUGGUUCAGACCUACGAGGGACAAAGCGAUAUUCACGCGUUGAUUUUGGGCCGGGCCAUUACCGGCAAGCAGGCCUUUUCACCCGCCGCCCACUUUCAAGUUCCCCCUCGUUCUGAAGUCUUCUUUCUCUUCUCUUUUCCACACAACGACGUAACCUCUCUCACCUCCUCACAUCUUUCUCCCGUCGUCAUGGCUCUCAAGCGCAUUAACAAGGAACUCACUGAUCUGGGCCGGGACCCCCCCCCUCCUCGUGCUCCGCUGGUCCUGUCGGCGACGAUCUGGUAUGCCUCACCUUCUUCUCGAUUUCGAUCUCUGCAAAUCCUCCUUCCCGUCGCCCGGUCGUUCCACUGGCAAGCUACGAUCAUGGGUCCUGGUGACUCGCCCUACUCCGGAGGCGUCUUCUUCCUUACCAUCCACUUCCCUACCGACUACCCGUUCAAGCCUCCCAAGGUCAACUUCACCACCCGUAUCUACCACCCGAACAUCAACUCCAACGGAAGCAUCUGCCUGGACAUCCUGAGGGAUCAAUGGAGCCCAGCCCUCACCAUCUCGAAGGUCCUCCUUUCGAUCUGCUCCAUGCUUACAGACCCCAACCCGGAUGACCCCCUGGUUCCCGAGAUCGCCCACGUCUACAAGACGGAUCGCCCGCGGUACGAGGCGACGGCCCGCGAGUGGACUCGCAAGUACGCCAUCUAA